AUGCUUCAGCUCAAAAGGCUUCUUCAAUCCAGGGAACAUGUGUUAGUUCACGUAAUUGAAUCGAACCGAUCGAAUCUAUUGGAUAUGGGAGGAAAAGUAGCUGAAACAAUCAGACAACUAAUCAAAAAGUUAUGGACUUCAGCACCUGGAGAAUUUCAAUCGAUCGUGGAACGUUUGUUUCAUUAUUUUUAG